GAGAACAGAGUUAAAGAUGUGGAUCCCACAUGGCCUUAUUUCGCUUUCGCAAUCUCAGUCAUGUGUUGGAGGCAUAUAAGCGGGUGUAAAUGCCUCCAUUAGGGUAACAGGAUCGUCGCCUGGUUUUAUUAAUCGUCAGGAUAAUAAAAGGGAAGCAUCAUGCAAGGAGAGAACACUUUUUUAUUUUUUAUGGGUUUUUUUGCCAAAGACAACUCUCGUCAUGUUAAUCGUUAACAUCCGUCACGGGUCUUUAACCUCAUCCGCGAGGCAACAGAGUCAAAUGAAAACAUUUUUUGGCUGUGACAUACGGACACUGUGUCAAGUGUUAAAGUCCAUGUCCAUAAAGGACCUCUCUGAAGUCCUCACGCCAGAAUGAGAAACAUCUUAGUUUAAAUGUUUGCGUUAGAGACCUAAAGCUGAACAAAAGAAGGAGGCAUGAGUGAUGAUGUCAUCCAGUUAAAUCUUGGAGCUUCUCCACAGACAGUGAUUAGUGGGACACAUCACUGGGACAGCAGCAUUUUACUGGAGCACACUUUGUGAUUCACAACAUGCUGUAAUUUGGAUAUCACUGUGCUGGAGACGGUGUCGCCAUGAAGAGCUCCAGCUCCAGAUGGGCCUUCUCCCUGGGCUUCUUGGUGGGUGCCUGCAGCAUCUACUUCUUCCUGCGCCAGGUGUGGUUUGAGAGGAGCUACCCCGUGCUGUCAGAGGCUCAGGAAAAAGCCACAGCGGUGGAGGAGACCCCGAUCAGCUGGAAGAAAGAGGGAGCUGCUCUCAUCAACCUGCUCCACCCUCACCAUGCAGAUGAGGACAGUCGGGUGGCAGAUGUGUUGUACCAGAAGGUACGUGUUCUCUGUUGGGUGAUGACAGGGCCAUAUAACUUGCAGAGCAGAGCCCGCCAUGUCAGGGCCACUUGGAGUCGUCACUGCAACGUGGUGGUGUUCAUGAGCUCUGUGGAGGACCCAGACUUCCCCACUGUGGGCCUGGGCACUAAGGAGGGCCGUGACCAGCUCUACUGGAAGACCAUUCGAGCCUUCCAUUAUGUCUACGAGCACCAUGCCAAUGAAGCGGAUUGGUUCUUAAAAGCAGACGACGACACCUACGUGGUGGUGGACAACCUGCGCUGGAUUCUGUCCAACCACACCCCUGAAGAGCCCAUCUACUUCGGCAAACGCUUCAAGCCUUACACCAAGCAAGGCUACAUGAGUGGAGGGGCAGGCUAUGUGCUUAGCAAAGAGGCCCUCAAAAGAUUUGUGGAAGGCUUUCGGACCAAAGUUUGCACACACACCACCCCUGUAGAGGACUUAGCACUGGGGCAGUGUUUGGAGAAGAUGGGUGUUGUGGCGGGGGACUCUAGAGAUACUUUGCAUCGAGAAACCUUCCACCCAUUUGUGCCAGAGCACCAUCUAACUGGCAAGUUCUCCAAGAGCUUCUGGUACUGGAGCUAUUGUUACUACGCUAUUGUUGAGGGUCCACAGUGCUGCUCUGACCUGGCAGUAUCUUUCCAUUAUGUAGAAGCAGAGCUGAUGUACACACUGGAAUACUACACCUAUCACCUGAGAGCGUAUGGCUACAGGUCACGCUACCGGCCCCCCUUGCGCCAGAGUCUGAGCCUCGGCCCACUCUCCCAGACAGUCGUGACGGCGAAGUUUAAAGGGGUGCAGGAGGUGACAGAUGGAAGGAUUCACACAACUUCAGCCUUCUUUGUUAGUGGAAACCAAACUAAAGCAGAGACGGAGUCAGAGAAAGCUGGGAAAGACGAUCUAAACUCUGGCGUCACUGAGAACAGGACUGCAGUUACACAUGGCAGGCACCGCUGAUUCUGUGUUUUAGCUGGUUUUGUCUGUGCAUGACUGUGCCAGAGAGCUGUAUUAACCAGUAUGUUGGCCUACUAAUGUUUUUAUUCCGACAGGGCUUUCUUAAUCCGAUCACAGUAUAUUCUAGUCAGUAUGACACUGUAAGAGCUCAGUGUGAGUGGUUAAAAUCUCAUAUGAUUCUGUGGCAGCUCUAUAUGGUUAUAUUUUAACCACGAUAAACAUUAACUUUAGAUUAUUUACAUUGGACAUGAUCAUUUACAGCAACAUUUAAAUGUCACAGUCACAUAUGUAUGCUUGGAAUGAUGCAAGAGGCACAUAGAAUAUCAUUUUAAUGUGUUUUACAAGUACUUGAUCGGAGCCAAUAAUACAGUAGCAGAUGUUUUGAAAGAUUUUUUUUAUCAUUUUUAAUUGUUUUUUUUUUUUUUCUUGAAAUGGAGAGCAGCAACACAUGACAGUGUUUGUCACAACUUUAGCUUCUUUUAUGUAUGGCCUCUUUGCUUUUCUGGUGUUAAAUCUGAUUUUGCUGGUAUUUCUUUUCUGAUGUUCCAUUUUAAUUAUUUAAAACAUUUUUUGGCUUUCUGAAACAAAAUGCAAAAUGACUUUGGAAUUACUGUUUUUUUUUUUUUUGCCUUUGUGUCUUAUUUUUUCUUUUUAAUUUCCCUUUGAAUCUUCUGCAUUUAAAUAGUUAAUGCAGACUCUAAAUUCACAGCCAGCAGUGAUAUGAUUUUUGUUUCUGUAAGAAAAGCAACAACUGUGCUGUGAAAAUGUAUUUUCUUUUUACCUUUGAUUGAUGUGAGAUGCUCUGAGAAGUGCGUACUUGAAACCCCCUGUGCUUCUGUUUGAGAUCGCUGUAGCGUUUGAUGAACACAGUAUUAUACAAAACUCCAAUGAA